AUGGAAGAGGUAGAACAAAUAGAACAAAAUAACCCUAGGCCUUUGAUGGUUCAAGGAAACCAGAAUGCUGGCCAAGUGCUUAGGCAUGUCCAACAAAACCAUUUUGAGGGAGAAAACAACAUAGCAAACAUGGUCGAGGAAAUUUUGUCCCAGAAUGGAUUUAAUGUGGGACUCCAUAGACCAAAUUUUAUAUCCCUUUUUUCAGAAUACGUUCGACAAACAAAAUCACCUAAGGGGUGGAAAGUCCCAAAGUUUACCAAAUUGGCCAAAAACACUAAUGAGUCGAUAGUUGAACAUGUCACCCGUUGCCAAACUGAGGCUGGCGACAUUGCUAACAAUGAGAAUUUAAAGAUGAAAUACUUCCCUAAUUCUUUAACUAAAAAUGCUUUCACUUGGUUCACAACUCUUCCUCCACACUCUGUCCAAUCAUGGAGUCAGUUGGAGAGAUUGUUCCACGAACAAAUUUAUAUGGGACAAUCGAAAAUUAGUUUGAAAGAGUUGGCUAGUGUUAGGAGAAAAGUCCAUGAGUCGAUAGAUGACUAUUUGAAUAGAUUUAGACUUCUCAAGGCAAUGGGUUUUACGCAGGUGCCUGAACACGAGUUGGUCGACAUGGUCGUUGGUGGCCUAGACUAUUCAAUUAGGAAGAAAUUGGAUACCUAA